GCUGGUGAUGCAGAAUUCUCAUAAGAACAAAUUACAAAGAAACAUGAACACUCUACAUGUAACUAAAUACUGGUGUCCACAUUUCUGACCAGAACCCUCUGCACUCAUGCACUCAGAGCUAUGCAAGUGAAUGGAUCAAAACCUGCAUCUCUCACAGAAUUUGAGCUGGUGGGUUUCCCAGGCCUCCUGGACUACAAGAUACUUCUCUUUGUUGGAUGCCUCCUGUUGCUGUUAAUCACACUUACGGCUAAUUUUCUUAUCCUCCUUCUGGUUUCGCUGGAUCACCGGCUUCACACACCCAUGUACUUUUUUCUUUGUAAUUUAUCCCUGCUAGACAUACUGAUGACAACAGCAAUUAUUCCAAAACUCCUGGCGGUGCUUUCUGGAUAUAACAAAACCAUCUCAUUUGCUGGUUGCUUUGCCCAGAUGUAUUUCGUAGUAUCAGUUGGGACAACAGAAAACUUCUUGCUGGCAGCGAUGGCGUAUGAUCGAUACAUUGCUGUUGUUAAGCCACUGCAUUAUAAUGUGAUUAUAGAUUUCAAAAAAUGCAUGUUCAUACUGUCAAUAGUAUUAGCACUUGGAUUUUUUAUGCCAUUUGUGUUCUUAGUUUUAAUUAUUGACCUGCCUUAUUGUGGUUCUAACAAAGUCAUGCACUGUUUUUGUGACUUUUCAACUGUUAUUGCCCUGGCGUGUACUGAUAUUUCUUAUUAUGCCAACUCUGCAUCUGGAGUUGCUAUGUUUGGGAAUUACGUGCCCUUACUUUUUGUACUGUGGACAUAUGCUAGAAUUGUGAAUUCUGUUCUAAAACUUAAAACAACGGAGAGUCUAUCAAAAGCCUUUUCAAUGUGCUUUUCUCACGCUACUGUAGUGUCCGUGCAUUAUGUUUCUGCCUCCAUUGCACAUGCAGUGUACAAUAUUCAAACUCUCUCAUAUGAUGGGCGAAUCUUUGUCGGAGGUUUGAAUUACUUUUUAAUGCCAGUGGCGAACCCUAUGAUUUAUAGCUUGAGAAAUGAAAAGAUAAAGGAUGCUGCUAAAAGAUAUCUCCACUUCAGUUUUCUUUUUUCCCAAAAUGCUAAAAAUUCCAUUAUUGGUACUGACAAGGUUUUACCAAAAGAUGGGUGAUUUUUUCUUCAUGACAGCACUGUCACUAAGCCUUCUACUGCUGUCGUAAUUUACUGUCUAUGCC